GAAAACUCAAGGUUGAGUUUGUUGCAAAGCUGCGAGCUAAAUCAACAAUGUGCGUGUGUCGUCCCACAUACUAGAACACAGGAGGCACACUCCUCGUUCAGGCGGAAGGGGAUUUUCACUGAUUCCUGUUUGCUCGCGGUGAAUGUCAGCACAGCAGGAAUGGCACACGACAUGUGCAAACGGGCUGUUUUCCUAGGGGCCCGGAAAUGCCCUCAGUAUAUCGUGGACAGCUCAGCUAUACCACAGAUUGAACCGGGGCAAGUUCUUGCCAAAAUCCGACUGGCCACGAUAUGUGGCUCUGAUGUGCACACUUUACAGGGGAAACGAAUCGAGGAAACUCCAAGCGUCCUUGGGCAUGAAGGAGUAGCAGAAAUUGUCCAAGAUGAGAGACGUAACCAUGGCAACCUGGGACCUGGUGACCGCAUCACGUUCUCCGUGAUGGACAGCUGCGGUGAAUGUGAAAGAUGUACACAGGGACUGACUCAAAAGUGUGCCAAGCUGUUCAAGUAUGGCCAUUCAUCAAUACACCGGCGGACAGGCCUCAACGGCUGCUAUGCUUCCCACAUCAUCCUGCAUGAAGGCACUCGCAUCGUCAAGCUCCCAGACAGUGUCACCGACAAGAUGGCUGCCCCUGUCAACUGCGCCUUGGCAACCAUGGUGAAUGCGGUUGGGAGCAUCGAGCACAAAAGGGCCCCACAGAGUACGGUUCUCAUUCAGGGUGCUGGACUGCUGGGAAUCUACGCCUGCGCAUUGUUACAUGAUGCUGGCUUUGGUCAGAUUUACUGCACUGAUCCCAAGGCUAACAGGUUAAAGAUGGUCCCACUCUUUGGAGGGAUCCCAAUUCCAUCCGGAAAAGAAAGUGAAGUACUUCAAGAUGGUGCAGUUGAUGCCGUGAUUGAGGUUUGUGGUGUGGGUGCUGCCAUAAAUUUGGGAAUGCUGCUCCUGAAACCAGGUGGCACAUACAUUCUGGCCGGCCUCGUGCAUCCGGAUUCAUGUCUGAAUGUUACAGCAGAGGACAUCAUCCGAAAGUGCCUGACGAUCAAAGGUAUCCAUAAUUACAGUCAUCAACAUCUCGAUGAGGCUGUCGCAUUUCUGGCACGUACGGCCAACAAGUACCCUUACGAGCAGCUGGUAGGGCCUGCAUUCUCCCUGAACCAGUUUGAGUCUGCCGUACAAGAGUCCAUUCAGGGGCGUUUCUGGAGAGUUGCCCUGGAUCCAACAUUCACAGAAUAGUGAGAAAUAAGGAAUCAGUGAAGUACAAUUUUUAGAAGCAAUUCACCAUCAGCCUGGACUUUGUAGUGCAGUCCAUGACAAGUCCAGUCAUCCCUGCACAUGUUCAGUCAUAAGUCCUUUCGUGAGUCCAGUCACUAGUCCAGUCAGAAGUGACUAGAUGAGCAAUAUUUAGCUUGGCUUCAGACUGGAUGACUUGUGAUGGACUUGUAGCGUCUUUUGAGGACUGGCGAUAGACUCAACUGUAACCUUUUUCAAAAUGAGAUGCAUCACCAUCACUUUUUCCCUGGCUCAUGGGUUUAACAGUGAUCCAGCAAGCAAGAUCAAUGCAAGUCGAAAAAUAGAACAAAUACUGAAGGAAGAGUUGCAAGACUCAGUUGAAGAGGCAAGCCACAUGUAGAAUGAUUUAGAAGUAUAAUAAACUCUAGGUAACCGAGUCCUGUUAUGUUGUUUCGUCACAGUGCAGUUUGCACUUCGAUUAAUUGAGCAAUCUUACAAUUGUUACCGAGCACUGAUGUUAUGCCAUGAGCACCGAUUAUCACGAGCACCAGUUGUCUUAUUCUGUAAGGAAGGUCCAAUGAAGUGAGUUUUUGCUUUUGGGGAAAACCAAAAUGAAAUCCACGUGCAGCACCCUCACCUUCCUGGCUGAUUGACAAUGUCAGAUUGAGAUCUCUGUCAGUCUGAAAUGGUGUGAUUCCUUCAUCCACAUUGUGCAUGCAAUCUGAAAUAAGGGUGUAGGACAUCUACAUAACUGCCGUUCCAAGGAACUGACUAAAUAGUUUGAAUAAAAUCUGAAUCCUGUGAACAGUUAAUGCACAGUUUGAGUAUGACAUUUUCUGUUCAUGUAUCAUCUCUAGAGAUGGUAUAGUCAAUAUGCAUUUUUAACGUGUCAUAUUCUAUAUUUUUAUCACAUUGUGCACAGUUGCCUUCUGAUAGAUUCCAUGAUCUUUUAUGUAAAGAAGUAUAAUUUGUGUAAACACUAAAUGUAGUUUCUGUGUAAAUAUCAAUGCUGUUCCAAAGAUUUUACUUAACAUGACCAAAGGUCUACAAAACAUUUUGCAGUUUGUCCGUAUUUAAAAACAAAUGUUUACACAAGACAAGUUUUGUAUGUCUCCUUUUUCACUUUAUAGGGAAGUAACGUUUGUAGAUUGGAUAAGUGACAAUUAAUGUAUUUCUUGCUUAGUUACAUUACUUUUCCCCCCCUUUUUUUUUACCUUAUUCUGUUUGUGCCACAGCGAGUUUUGCUAGCUGCAGAGCACUCAACGUCAAUGGAAUACAGAUAACCACAUACAUGUAUAAAUAAUGUUCAGGAGUACAGCUGGGGGAAUAAUUUCAUACACAUAAUUAUUUGAAACAUUGUUACCUUUUAUGCGAGGGUUGAAAAAGUACUGAGUGAAAGUCCUGUAUUGUCCUUGCAAAUCCUGAUUAUUUCCUAUUCACCACAAUUUUUACACGAAGAGCUGUGUUAUAGCGUCACGGACGGGGUGAAUGUGCAAAUGGAGAAUGCAAUGUCGAUUGAUCCAUCAACCUUUGGCAUUGACCAUUCCAUUUCUGCAGUGUGGACGGUGUGACUUUUUUCCCCAGGCGUUGCAUAAUGAGAGUUUGUACUUGAUGACAAUUCCGCAUGAUGUCAACACUUUCAAGUGUUCUUUUGUGAUUCACUAUGCAAAAUUAGUCACUGUUGAUUUUAUCCACACUAACUCAAGUAUAUUUUAGCAAUUUAGAAGACAACUCGUUUUAAGAACACUGAUCCACGAAGUGUAUUGAUAGUACUAGAAUGUGAUUUGCUUAUAAGAAGUUGUAUUCCCCUUUGUUCAUACCUGUCUUGAAACACCCAGUGCAUGCUGAAAGUUGAAAACUCUUGUAAGAAGAGUCAGAUUAUUUUUUGUCAAGUUUUGCAGAGUUGAACAUGGCGAUUUUUUUGAGAUCUUUUACAUGGUCAGGAAUAGCAAAUGAUUUUUAACACUUUGCUUGAAAUUUGAUUUUAUGUUUUAAACGGUAUGGUCCUUUCCUUACCUUUGUUUUCAUAGUAUUGUGUAAUUGUUCGUGUUGCAUGUACCAGACAUGAGCAGGCAUUUUAAAUGGGAAACUUUAUGUGUAUUUUCCCCCUUAAUUGCGAAGGGUGAACAACAGAAAACGGAAAAGAUUAUUUUGAUAGAAGAGUACUUUUGUCUAUAAUUUAAAAUGGAUUAUUGUGAAAUUUUGCAGUUACUUUGAUAUCUCCUGACCUUUUUUCGCAUCGUUACACGUAGUUUAUAUGUAUUUGUCAUUGGGGGAAAAAACAGAUUUUUCCCUUCGUUGUUAACACGUUUAAAUUAAUGUGCAAUAAAGUAACAACUCGAGCUUUCCACAGUUUGUCACACAAUUGAGAAAUAUUGAUGUUAGUGUCUGAAUAAACAACUUCCACAUUA